AUGGCAGAAGACAAAAAGGACAGCAAGGAUGAGAAGGAUGAAAAGAAGGAUGGCGAGAAGCUGAAAGAAGUCAAAAAGGACAGGCGUGAUGUGGUGGUGCACCCCAUUGUCUUGCUUGGCGUGGUGGACCACUACAAUCGAGUUGCAAAGGGCACAACCAAGCGAGUGGUUGGAACGCUGGUGGGUGAGGUGUCGGACUACAGCCUUCACAUUACCAACUGCUUUGCAGUACCUUUUGAGGAAGAUCCGCGCGACCCACAGGUGUGGUUUCUGGAUCACAACUAUCAUGAAACCAUGUUCGCAAUGUUCAAAAAGGUGAACACCAAAGAGCGAAUCGUGGGCUGGUACUCAACAGGACCCAAGAUUAAGCCCUCUGACCUCAGCAUCCAUGAGCUCUAUCGACGGUACUGCCCCGAGCCGGUGCUGGUGGUUAUGGAUGUGCAGCCCAAGGACUUGGAGCUGCCCAUGGAAGCCUACUACUCCGUCCAAGAGCAGACCUCGGAUGAGGUGUUCAAGCGGACGUUUCUGCAUGUGCACUCUACCGUCGGUGCCUUCGAGGCUGAAGAAGUUGGCGUCGAGCACCUUCUGCGUGAUAUAAAGAAUGCGUCGGCUUCUACUCUGGCUGUACGCGUGGGUGACAAGAUCGGCGCCCUGAAGGGUUUGGCCAUGCGACUUCGCGAGAUCUCACAGUACCUGAGCCAAGUGGUAGCUGGAAAGUUGCCCAUGAACCAGGAAAUCAUUUACCAACUGCAGGAGAUUUUCAAUCUGAUGCCGGAUCAGGACUCCGAAGAACUAGUCAGAUCUCUGGCGACCGAAACAAACGACAUGAUGUUGGCGUUGUACCUUGGCAGCAUGCUUCGAUCGACUGUUGCGCUCCACAACCUGAUCAACAACAAGAUGAGGAACAAGCAGCAGAAGGAAAAAGCUGCGGAGCCAAAGGACAAAGACAAAAAGGAUGAAGCAAAGAAGGAAAAGGAGGAGGUCAAGUGA